ACUUUCUCAUUUCUGCAGUUGUUCUGUCAGCCGAACGUUUCUGCUGAAUUGCACUUGGAGAAGGGGCAGAAACACACAAAGAUGAGCGGCCGGAUUAUGCAAGCGGCUCGUUGCCCGACAGACGAACUGUCGUUGACCAACUGUGCCGUCAUCAAUGAGAAGGAGCAACAGUUUGAACAACAUGUGACUGUACGCAAUUUAGCCCACAAGUUUGUGUUCACCUUGAAGAAGCAUCCCAGCGUUAACGCCGGGACCAUCGCCUUCAGCCUGCCACAGAGAAAAUGGGCUGGCCUGUCGAUUGGACAAGAGGUUGAAGUAACAAACUACAAGUUCGACAAGUCCAAACAGUGCAUAAGCACCAUGACAGUGGAAAUUGACUUCCUGCAGAAGAAGAAUGUGGACAGCAACCCCUACGACUCAGACAACAUGGCCAGCGAGUUCAUCCAGCACUUCAACAACCAGGCCUUCAGCGUUGGCCAGCAGCUGGUGUUUAGUUUCUGUGAUAAGUUGUUUGGCCUGCUAAUAAAGGAUAUUGAGGCCAUGGACCCCAGCAUCCUGAAGGGAGAACGUGGCUCUAACAAGAAACCAAAGAUUGAGAUUGGUUUGUUGCUGGGAAACAGUCAGGUGAUUUUUGAGAAGUCAGAGACUUCAUCCAUGACGCUGGUCGGGAAAUCCAAGACCCGAGAGUCCCGCCAGUCCAUCAUCAGCCCAGACUGGAACUUCGAGAAGAUGGGUAUUGGCGGCCUCGACAAGGAGUUUUCUGACAUCUUCCGUCGAGCCUUCGCCUCCCGAGUUUUCCCUCCAGACAUAGUAGAACAGAUGGGCUGUAAGCAUGUGAAGGGCAUCCUGCUGUUCGGACCCCCAGGCUGCGGUAAAACCCUGAUGGCACGACAGAUUGGCAAGAUGCUCAAGGCCCGCGAGCCAAAGAUCGUCAACGGCCCCGAGAUUCUCAACAAGUACGUGGGAGAGUCUGAGGCCAACAUCAGGAAGCUGUUUGCAGACGCAGAGGACGAACAGAAGAGGCUCGGUGCGAACAGCGGCCUUCACAUCAUCAUAUUUGAUGAGAUUGACGCCAUCUGUAAACAGCGUGGGAGCAUGGCCGGCAGCACGGGAGUCCACGACACUGUCGUCAACCAGCUGCUGUCCAAGAUAGACGGCGUGGAGCAGCUCAACAACAUCCUGGUCAUAGGUAUGACCAACAGGCCUGACCUGAUAGAUGAGGCCUUGUUGAGGCCAGGAAGACUGGAGGUGAAGAUGGAGAUCGGGUUACCGGAUGAAAAGGGCCGCAUUCAGAUCCUCAACAUCCACACGGCAAAGAUGCGUCAGCACGACCUGCUGUCCACUGACGUAGACAUUAAGGAGCUGGCAGUGGAGACUAAGAACUACAGUGGUGCCGAGCUGGAGGGCCUGGUCAGGGCCGCACAGUCCACUGCCAUGAACAGACAUAUCAAGGCCAGUAACACAGUGGAGGUAAACAUCGAGACGGCAGAGAGGCUGCAGGUCUCCAGACUGGACUUCAUGGCUUCACUGAAUAACGACAUCAAACCUGCAUUCGGCACCAAUCAGGAGGACUACGCCAGCUACAUCAUGAACGGGAUCAUUCGAUGGGGUGACCCGGUGUCAGCAGUCUUAGAAGACGGGGAGCUGCUGGUGCAGCAGACGAAGAACAGCGACCGCACACCGCUGGUCUCUGUGCUACUGGAGGGUCCACCUAACAGUGGGAAAACAGCGCUGGCUGCAAAGAUCUCUGAAGAAUCCCAGUUCCCCUUUAUCAAGAUCUGCUCCCCUGACAAGAUGAUUGGACACUCCGAGAUCGCCAAAUGCCAAGCCAUCAAAAAGAUAUUUGAAGAUGCCUACAAGUCCCAGCUGAGCUGUGUGGUUGUGGAUGACAUCGAACGUUUACUAGACUACGUCCCAAUCGGCCCUCGUUUCUCCAACCUGGUGUUACAAGCUCUGCUGGUGCUGCUGAAGAAACCUCCUCCAAAGGGUCGUAAGCUGCUGAUCAUCGGCACCACAAGUCGCAAAGACGUCCUCCAGGAAAUGGAGAUGUUGGAUGCUUUCAGCACCACCGUCCACAUUCCCAACAUCUCGAGGGGCGAGCAGCUGGUCGAGGCCCUGGAGCUGCUGGGCAGCUUUCAGGAUGUAGAGCGGGCCAGCAUAGCCAAAGCUGUGAAGGGCCAGAGUCUGUGGAUCGGCAUUAAGAAGCUGCUCAUGCUGAUUGAAAUGUCUGUGCAGAUGGAUUCUGGCUACAGAGUUAGCAAGUUCCUGAGUCUACUGAAGGAUGAAGGAGCACUGGGUUCUGAUAAGUUUGUGGCAAUCUAGACUCAGUGGAGCCACAUAGUGAAAAAGAGGCAUCCUUCAAUGUUGCUGAGGAACGGAAGCCUGAAAGAGGCUGGCAGGAGGAAGCAAGCGAGAGAUAGUUUCCAUUUCUCUCUGCAUCCUUCCCUCCCGUCCCUGAAGCUCUGUGCGCUUCUCUCUGCACUGCAGCUCUCUGCAGCAGCAGCAACCAACAAGGCAACCUCCUUCCUCCUCUUCAGCACUAUGUGAACAUGUAAAAUAAGAGAAAUAAGCAGUGUUUGUGGUAUCUGUGUAUAUUGCAUCUGCAGAAGACUAGUGCUGUAAACUCCAUGUGAUGCCCCCAGCACUCCUUUGGGAUUUUAUAUGUAAGAGGUAAAAGAUUUUGCAUGCACGAACACUAAUCAGAACACUGUUUGUUUAUAUAGGCUGUAUUUGUAUGCAGAGGUUUGUAAUCGGAUCAUUCCAGGACCUAAAAAAUCUCACUUUGUUCUUAAUCAUGUCAUGUACUGGCUUGUGUCUGACCUUUUUUAUUUCAUGAAUAAAUUAAUUAUAUUACUGUUACUAACAAGAAACUGUAGUAUUUGAAAUGAACGAUGAAAUGAUGAUCACCAAAUGUUAUAAAUGAAAUUACCUCACACCUGCUUUAAAUAUGUGUUUAUAUACAAAACUUAGUGUGUACAGUAGAGCGUCCACAGAGGAAUUUUAGCUGUUUAUCUGUUGAUUUAGUUCCAACGGUUAGCUCCAAAAUGUCUCUCAGUUUACCACAAACAAAACCUUUAGACACACAAGAAAAAAAAACUUUCUACCACCAGUUGUUUUCAUUAUCUCCUCAUAAUUAUGGCAUGUUGAAAUCUGAGAACUUGUCUUUAUAAUUAUGAUCUAGUGUAAUUAUCUCGUAAUUAUGAGAAAUUUGACAUCUCAUAAUGAGAUGAACCGACUCAGACAUUCGCGGUUAACCUCCACAGCAUCUAUGUUGUGCAAUCGCUGCACAGCUCGACAAGUAAACACAUUAAACCGUUUACCAAGUAGCUACUGCAGCCCGUCUGUGUGGGCUGCAGUGAAAGUCAUCCACUGGCUGCCAGUUUCUUGAUCCAGUCCCUGAGAGUUGUGGAAUCAAAGAAGCAAAACACUAUUUUUUUCAGGUAUUAGCAUAGUCAUGGCAUUCCUGUAAAAGUAAGGAAAUUAGAAAAACUGUUUUCCAGACCUGGAAAUGGUUUGAAAUUAACAGAAUGUUUUGGAAAAGUUUUGGAUACACAUUGUUAUGCCUCUGUGUCAGAAAUAGCUGUGGUUGGAGGUGUUAUGUUUUCAGGUUGUCCAUCCGACCAUCCCAUUCUCCUGGACCUGAUUUCUCAAGAAUGCCUUGAAUCAAUUUCUUCAAAUUUUGGCACAAACGUCCACUUGGACUCAACGAUGAAUUGAUUUGAUUUUGGCGGCCAAAGGUCACUGUAACCUCACAAAACAUGCUUUUGGCCAUAACUCAAGAAUUUAUACGUAAUUAUGAGUUAAUUUCACACAAAUGUCUAAUAUGAUGAUAAGGUGAUGACAUUUAUAUCCAAAAGGUCAAAGGUCAGCUUCACUGUGACAUCAUAAUGUUCUGCAUAAAACACUUUUCUGGCCUUUACUUAACAUCAUAACUCAGGAACAGAAGGGGAGACAUUUGAUCAGAUACUGAAUUGGUGACACUAAUCUUUGGUGUCCACCUUGACACUGCUGAUUGUAUAGAUCUUCUGUGUGUGAAGCAUCCAUGUUUGUACAGAUGUGGAUGUAAACUGUAAGAGAAACUUGACCGGUACGCUGAAGCAUACAGCUGCAAGGUGAUAAUUUUGGUUUUAGCCUUUGUUUAAAAUGUGUUCAUAGAAAUUCCAAAACAUUUUUAACGUUUUGCAAAAUACGUUCCUUGUGUUACUAAUUGAAAAUUUAGUGCUGGGUCACGUGAGCUUUGAAAUGUCACAAGUAUCUUGUGAUAUUCAUAGACCUGACCAGCAUUGCAUCAUCGCCAAGGCCACGCCCCCUUGUGGAGGACAGGAACACGCUGUCACAUCAGGAAAGAGACAGGAAAAUGCUGAAAAGCUGUUGUUGAUUGAGAUUUGAGGCACAGAACUGCUUGUGACAGUUUAUACUGAUGGACAGCUAACAUUAGCUUGAUUUGGCUUUUAACAGGUUGGUUAUUGACAUAGCUUAAUGAUAUCUAGGGACUUAAUCAGAUAUACUUUUUGAUUGGAUCACCAGGUAUCAUGACCCAGAUAUCUAUAAUAUCCACUUGAAUGGAGGAAACCCGAAGGGACAUGACAGUGAUCAACACUCAGGUCUACAAAACAUUUCACUUGUCGAAGUUGUAAUCCAAACACACGUCAAACUGCACUGACAUCUGUAGGAUCUUCAUUUUUUAUCCUCCAUAAAGGGGUUUAGCCUUAAUGUUUUGUCUAUUGUCAUAUGCAGCUAGUUAGCAACGAGAAUGUCUAACAAGUGACUAAAGUUGGCGAGCACUAGCAGUUUGCUUAACCACAGAUACCUGGGAAGUGCCUGUUUUAUUCAAUAAGGAAUGGCUGCAUCGCUCUGUAGGCUCGCCCAUUUUAAACUACUUAAGUAAAGUCAUGGAAAUGGGGUAAAAUGUUUUGAAGAGUUUUGAAAAUUCAUUGGUAGAAAUGUGUGGGAACUUUGUGUUAGUAAACUCAUGGUAAUUCUGUGGCUACAACAUGUGGUCCUGUUUUUACAUACAAGUGUAAUUAAAUAAAAAUGAACCAGAGCUGAGGGAUUAUAAGA